AGAUAGUGACGAGCGUGAUAUAUGAUGACCCUCCCCAAGUACCGGCGAUCAUUCGGUUUCCUUCGAUUGGCUUUGCCUAAUCCGAGAUGUCGUGCACUUGAUCCGACAUCGUGCUAUCAGAAAGUGUGAAAGGAACUGGUCGAGGUAUCCGUAAAUCCUAGAUCGAUAUUUUCGUGCUCGAUCGUGCAAGACCGAUCGGCCGGCCGUCGAUAGCUCGCCGAGAAUCCACGCUGACGAUCCCGCUCAACGACCACCCGAGAACCGUUCAAGAAUCAUCUCGAGGAAAUGGAAGGCACAGGGAUGAUUAAUGGGACACCCGUCCGCCAGGAGAGCAGGAAGCUGUGGCAGUACCUCUCUUCGAUUUCCGCCUGUCUUCUCGUGGUUGGAAUCGGCACAGCCUUGGCAUGGACGUCCCCGGUGCUUCCUCAGCUCGAGAAAGAGACCUCGUUCAUGAUAGUGACCCAGGAUCAAGGUUCCUGGGUCAGUUCGUUGCUGGCCCUGGGUGCCAUCGCCGGAGCUCUGCCUUCGGGAACGAUGGCGGACAGAUUGGGCCGGAAGAAGUCCCUGCUCCUGCUGGCCGCGCCAUUCCUCUUGUCUUGGUUGAUAAUUCUGGUGAGCAGCUCGGUCGUGCUGCUCUACAUCGCCAGAUUCAUAGUCGGGCUCGGCGUGGGCGCUGGCUGCGUCCUUGGGCCGACCUACAUCUCCGAAAUCUCCGAGGUCUCGAUCAGAGGAACCCUCGGCGCCAUGUUCCAGUUGUUCCUCACCGUCGGGAUAUUCCUCGCCUUCGUCCUCGGUAGCUUCCUCAGCUACACCUGGUUCGCCAUCAUCUGCGCCCUCGUCAUCGUCGCCUUCGGCGGCACCUUCUUCUUUAUGCCUGAAUCUCCCGUGUGGCUGGUGGGCAAGAUGAUGAAACAGGAAGCCACCGAGGCGCUGAACGUGCUCAGGGGCGACGACUACGAUCCCGGAGAGGAGCUGAAAGAGAUGCAGAAGGCUGCGGACGACAGCCUCGACAGGCAGACGUCGUUCCUCGACAUGCUGAAGUCCCCAGUCGAGAGGAAGGCGAUGAUAGCUUCCUUCGGGAUGAUGUUCUUCCAGCAGGCAUCCGGCGUGAACGCUGUCAUCUUCUACACGGUGAUGAUCUUCGAGGCGGCCGGCAGCUCUCUGCCGCCGGCACUCUCCUCCAUUCUCGUGGCCCUGGUCCAGUUGGUAAUGUCAGGUGUCGCGGCGUUGAUUGUGGAUCGAGCCGGAAGGAAGCCGCUGCUCAUGAUUUCCACGGCUGUUAUGUCAGUCAGCCUGAUCGCACUGGGUUACUACUUCAGGCAGAAAGACAGCGGAAGUGACGUCGGCUCGUUAGGAUGGCUGCCGUUGACUUCCUUGAUCGUCUUCAUGGUCGCCUUCUCAGUAGGGCUUGGACCAGUACCGUGGAUGUUGAUGGGCGAGCUUUUCUCCGCUGAGACGAAGGCUGUGGCGUCGAGCGUGGCCGUGACCUUGAACUGGUUCAUGGUAUUCGUGGUGACAAAGAUGUUCCCCACCAUGAACGAACAGCUGGGCAUAGGCGUGACGUUCUGGAUCUUCGCCGUAGUUAUGGCCGGCGCGACAGCCUUCACGCAAUUUCUGGUCCCGGAGACCAAAGGGAAAACCUACCCCGAGAUUCUGAUCGUACUGCAGGGCCAGAGGAACUCGAUGAGACCUAUUCCCUAAACCAUCAUCAUCGAAUAUGGUCCAUUCGAUUUUAACUUAAUCCUCGCGCUCUCCAUCCCGCUCCCAAAUUAAUCUCGAUCGACCGACGAUUCGAGAGGGCCCUCGACACUCAUCUCAUCCUAUUGGCUCAUCGAAGAACCUCGCGAAACUCUUGUUCAUCCAACGAAUUCAAUUUAUUUAAUUAGUCUAACAAUCGAUCUGCCUCGCGAUACAAAUUCACCCAUGCUCGAGGACACGCGGAGGAGUUAUCGCGGUCAACGAUCGGUUCGCUCUCGUUAGGUCUGCGCCGCAUGUCGGUCUCGGUGGUAAACAAAUUGUCGACACAGCGCACUCGUUAAUUUCAGAAGAGGCCAGAAAUCGUGGGGAACGAAGUCAGGAUCUAGUCGGAUAAUCGGCUUUCCUGGAAAUCUGGAAAUGAAAUCGUCGCACCGCGUACAUUUCAGGGAACAACGCUCGGCGCAUCGAGACAUCGAGGGUCCGAUUAGCCAUCGCGCCGAUUACGGUUCCGACGGCACUGACGAAUGGCUCUGUUGUUUUUCGAACGAGCAAACGCGUUCGUUCCAUCUCCUCUUCCUCGCGUCCAUUAUUUAUUAGGUCGCCGGAAUCGGUGCGUCAAAUUUCCGAUCUACCAUGCCGAGUCGUAAUUUCCACCGUAGACGCUUCAAAUUCUAUGUCAUUCUCUCAUCGGUAAUUCUAAGUCAACGUAAAUCAAAAGAUUCGUCCUACGAACCGUAGGCAAUUUGUAGCAAAACCAUUUCAAGACGUUCGCGGAACGUCCGACCAUGUACUGCCUAAAGUUAUUUAAAAAUCCUACCACGAAAUAAAAGAAAAGAAAUUCGUCGAAUCGUGUGUUUGCGGUGACAGUGGUCGGUCGGUGAUUCUACGUCAGGAAAUCAAUUAUGCCGGCGUACGUGAUCCGCAUCAUUGUACGAAGGACUUUCCGUCUCCCAAUCAUGAUUCGAUGACAAUUCUGUUCUGGCGAUAUCGCGAUAAGUGAAACGGUAUCGCGAUGGAAAGAUUUGUACAAUGCACCAACGAGCGAUCAAUCUAUCGCUGUGUUUCGAUCGUGACUGCAGUAUCGCACGAACGAUUUUCCCCGUUUCCCUUUGCUCCGAUAGCGCAACGAUAACGAAGAUAAUGAUUCAGGCUGUCGCUGUGAAUUUUCCAACGAAUGCCCUAACAACGUCGCCGUCGCCGCCGCGGCGACGCCAUUUUGUCGCGUUCGGAGCACCGCCUAUUCCCCUCGAAUAAAAUAAUUAAAAAGUCGGGAGCUAGUAAGAGAAGAGGACGACAGCUUCUUCGUCUCUCUAGCACAUAAAAGAACCGAUAAGCAAGGUCAUUUUCAAUGCGACAUUGAUCUCGAUAGACUUUAUUUUCGACGGAACGAUUUUUAUCUGUAUUUUUAUGCGAGCGCGAUUGGUUUUUAACGUCGGCGUGUUUCUGUUUGCGCGCUCGAUAUCGUUCCUUCGCAACACAACCAUUCAAAAAAUAAUGAAUUACAAGUGCCUGAUAA